CAGUAUCGAAAGAAUCGAUUCUCCUCUGUAGUAUCGUUAUUUUUUGAUCCGACCUCGGCAUCGCUGGUAGCGAAUAUCGGCCCAUCCUUAGGGAGAAGACUUUGAGAAUUUGAAACAACCUUUCAACAUGGAUGAGAAGACUUUCAAAGUUAUCCUGAGUCAAAGACGAUAAUCAAUGGCGACUAAAUUCGAACCCGAUCAUUUCGGCCUUUUAUGCCACCUGGUAACUUUCUCAGAUUGGCAUCGUCCAAAUUUUGGACGGUUUGAAUUUGAACCAACUGAAGAUGCUCUUCGAAAAAUACUUCCUUGGGAAACCAGUUUUAUUAUUGAGCGCAGUGGAAGUUUAGAGGAAAGACUGUAUUUACUAAGCAUGGAAGUGGCCGAGGAAAACGAAGCCGGAAGUAGCCUUCGAUAUCGAUAUGGAACAGAUCUUGACGUGAUGUUUCUGCCACAACUAGCUAUAAUCAAGGAAAUUACCGUGUCUGAUGAGGAAGAAAACAGUGCAGAUGAAUCAAUUAGCGAUGUUGUUGCUUUUAUUGAGAAUGCAAAAGAACCAAGGUACGUAAAACUCCGUGUCAAUACCGCUUGCCGUUGGAGUUUACCCGAUGAUGUUUUAGAAAGUAAAGGUGACUGUGUUUACGUAUCAAGCUCUAAAUUUUGCGACGUAUUUCGGAAGAACUUGAACCAAGUUCAAGAAGUUGCAAAAGCAGCUGGACCUUCCCUGUUAGUCACAGAGCAUCUGGUUCAGGAAGCCGGCAUCAGCAUGGAAAGUGUGGAUCUUGUCUUUGCUUUCCGUUGUCCUAAUUGGCCUUCUGUUGCUGAUGAAUGGGCGAAGAGAAAACGGAACUGGCCACAACCGGAAAUCGUGCAGAUGAUUUUUCAUCAAGGUUGUGCUGCGGUUGCAAAAGGGUUUGGAGACGCUUCCCAUCUGGAAUGGAGGUUGUCAUUUUCUUUCGCUGAAACAGUUCUGGCACAGAAUCUGAAUCCAGUGCAGAGGAAAUGCUAUCUGGUUGUAAAAGGUCUCGUGAAAGAUCUCCAUUAUGAGCGUAUACCUUCCUACUGGGUUAAAUGUGCCUUCUUCUGGUUCUUGGAGGAGGCAGAUCCUGACAUCUGGAACAAUUUAAACCUAGGACACUGUGUGCUUGGAGUAAUUGAAAGGCUUACAAAAUGUCUACAGAGUUACACGUUGCCCAAUUACUUUGUCAUACAGAGAAAUCAUCUUAAAGAAAUUUCUAAAGAAUCUUGUGCAAUCAUUUCCAAGGAGUUGAUGCAAAUCAUGCAGAAGCCUCUCUUAGCUUUAGCAAACUCCCCUAAACUUACAAAAUGCAUUGAGUCACUUUUAAGUCAGGCACCAGAGAAGUUUGGAUAUAGCACUCUUCUUGCACUUCUAAAGGAAUUCCACAGCUCCCCAGAUAAGAAUGUUUUGAGUGAUUUUCUUAAAUACCACCUCUACAAUCUUGGCUUAGUUUUGAUGAAAAAUCCCAGAACAGCUCAGAAAGGGAUUGAGUACAUUGAGUGUGUAGUUCAAAUUUUGAAAGGGACUGGUAAGCAAACAAAUGCCCAUGAAUUACUGUGCAAUUCAAUAGUUCAAUGCCUAAGACGCAAUGGUGAUGGUGAUGCUGAAGCAGCUGCUUGCCGCUUGAUUUCCAUGAGAAGCCUUGGAUUUUCAGAUCAAGAGGUAAUUGCAACACUGACAAAGGCCACCAAUGGUAUUGAUCUUCCAGCCAGUCUAUUCCACGAUGCUGGAUGUUUCUACCAUGUACAAGCAUAUGAAGAUGAUGUUACUGAACCUAAUGGGGAGCUUCUAACCCAUGCCGAGAUGAUGCUGAAAAAAUCAGUGGAGUUACAGCCAACCAGUGCUUCUCAUCAUGUUGAGCUUAGCAUGUUUUUAUACAGAAAUGAUCGUUUUGAUGAAGCUAUAGAGGCUGCAAAGCAAGGUAUAACUUGUAGUGAGGCCUCUAAAGUAUUGAAAUACCUUGGUUAUGGUCGGAGCGAGGAGAUCACAUUGGAUGGUAACCUUGGUUACCAUAUUCAGCGAAAUGACACCAUUAAAGCUCCAGCACUGAUAUUUGCAUAUUAUGUCUUGGUAGCUUGUUUGGAGGAGUUGCGCAGAGAGGAUGAAGCACUACAGUUUAUGAACUCUUACAAAACGGCUUGUGGCGAUCCUCGUAAAGAAGUUGGCGAAGAUGAUUCACUGGUGCUAUAUAAUUACUCUUGUUUACUGCUCAAGUUACCUGGAGUUUGACAUUGAUUUAAGAGAGUUAUAAACAUCACUGACAGUGACACUGCGAGUAUGCAAUUUAUUGCAUUUUUCAGCUGAGUGGCAAUCACAAGUAGUUUUUAGGAUCACAUUUCCAACCAAUCACAUGAAAAACUGAAUUCUUUCCCAACUAGUGUGUACUCACCUAUUUCAGCCUUACCCCCACCCCUCAGGAAGUUUGCUUGGUUAAGCUUUGGAAUCUCUUUGCCUUGAUGCAAUAUUUUUUUUCUGUUCUGACUGGCCAUUAUAAUUUCUUUUGUUUUGGCUUUUAACAUCACUCCCUUUAAUUGGAAAGUGUACCAUUGUUUAUGGCAGGCGAGGUGUAACCCUUUAAUCCCUAAGAAUGACAAGCAUCUAAUUUCUCCACAUCUGAUACCACCCCUGGAUCAAACAUUAAGAUCACCCAAAUCAUAGGAAAUGAUCAUCACCUGAAUCUCAUGAUAGCUAAACAAACUCUCCUUGUCAGCACCCUAGAAAACAGAUGGAGAACAGUAUGGAGAAUUUGCAUACUGAUUUUAAGUGUAAAAAGAUAUAACCCUGCAAUAGAUUAGCAUCCCACCCAAUAGGGUCAGAGACAAGUUGGGGGAAAAUCUUAGUUGCUCUUUGCCAAUAACAUCUGGAUAAGCUCUGGCUGGAACAGCCCUAUGACUUAUGCACUGAUGUUACCUUUCAUAUGAUUUCUAUUUUUCAGCCAGGUUUUUUUUCUGAGAGCAGUGAUAACUGUGUAUAAACUCAAUAUUUUCAAUUGUUUACAAAUGUGGACUCAUUUCAGCCCCACGUUUUGGCAUACAAAAUCAAAGCAGCUGAAUUCCAAGGAAGAUGUAGGAACAGUAGAUUAAUGGGCAAAUCUAAUGGGCCCAAUUACUGUU